AUGGGAAGAUGUGAUGCUGGAGCCACAAUCCCAGCCCUAUGUGGAGGUCUUUAUGAACUCUUCACAGGUGCCCAGGGGGGCUCAGUGGCCUGCACGCUUCUGGAAGAUGGGAUGUUCAGGGUUCGAGUGGUGACCCGGGAUCCUGAGCAGAGGGCAGCAAAGGAGCUGAGGCUGCAAGGUGCUGAAGUGGUAAAAGGAGAUCAGAAUGACGAGGCCAGCAUGGAGUCGGCCCUGACCGGGGCUCAUGCCACCUUCAUUGUGACCAACUACUGGGAGAACUGCAGCCAGGAGCAGGAGGUCAAGCAGGGAAAGCUGCUGGCUGAUCUGGCCAAGCGCCUGGGCCUCUGCUACGUGGUCUACAGUGGCCUGGAGAAUAUCAGGAAGCUGACGGCUGGGAGGCUGGCAGCAGGCCACUUUGACGGCAAAGGGGAGGUGGAAGAAUACUUCCGAGACAUUGGCGUUCCCAUGACCAGUGUGCGGCUGCCCUGCUAUUUUGAGAACCUCCUCUCCUACUUUUUGCCUCAGAAAGCCCCAGAUGGGAAGAGCUAUCUGCUGAACUUGCCCAUGGGUGACAUCCCCAUGGAUGGUAUGGCUGUGAGUGACCUGGGUCCUGUGGUGCUCAGCCUGCUGAAGAUGCCAGAAGCAUAUAUCGGGCAGAACAUCGGACUCAGCACCUGCAGACACACCGCAGAGGAGUAUGCCGCCCUGCUCACCAAGCACACGGGCAAGACUGUGCACCAUGCCAAGACAACUCCUGAAGACUACGAGAGGCUUGGCUUUCCUGGGGCCCGUGACCUGGCCAACAUGUUCCGUUUCUACUCUCUGAAACCUGACCGAAACAUUGAGCUGACCCUGCAGCUCAACCCCAAGGCCCGGACGCUGGAUCAGUGGCUGGAGCAGCACAAAGGGGACUUCACCCAGCUGUGACCUACCCACUUUGCAGCUCCAAGUCACGAGAUGGGAGGCCCAAAGGCACAAUUAUUUCUUGUGCACAAAAUAUUUUUUUCAAUAAAACCACUGUUUUCACAGA